AUGAGCUUUUCAGAAACUGUCCAGAGGGAUGAAGAUGCACAUUGCAAUGAAGUUGAAGAUGUGGUUGGAAGUCAUGUAGAAGAUGCAAUAACAUUUUGGGCUCAGAGUGUUAAUAGAAAUAAAGACAUUAUAAAGCUUGGUUGCUCAAUGUCUAAAGUUUGUCCUUUUGCCAAUUCAGUUUUUGGGAAUCUUGAUCCAAAGAAGAUUUAUGGUGGAUUAUUUUCUGAAGAUAAAUGUUGGUACAGAUGUAAAGUAUUGAAGAUCGUCAGUGAUGAAAAGUGUUUGGUGCGUUAUAUUGACUACGGAAAUACUGAAAUUCUAAACCGAUCUGACAUAGUAGAAAUUCCAUUGGCACUGCAGUUUUCUAGUGUUGCCAAAAAAUAUAGACUUUGGGGACUACAAAUUCCUUCUGGCCAAGAAGUCACCCAGUUUGAUCAGGGCAGAACCUUUUUGGGGAGCUUGAUUUUUGAAAAGGAAAUAAAAAUGAGAAUUAAAGCAACCAAUCAAGAUGGAACAGUUAUUGCUCAGGCUGAAUAUGACAGCGUGGAUAUAGGAGAAGAGGUGGCUAAGAAAGGAUUUGCAGAAAAAUGUCAGCUCACUUCUAGCACCAACAUCUGUGAAGAAAAAAAAUCAGAUCCUAGUCAGCUUGCUCUCAGGAACCUCAAGAAUCCCAUUCCCUUGUGGGGUCACAGAUCAAAUCAGCCACACUUCAGUAGGCCAAAGGGGCGCGUAAGUGGGAAGCUGACUCUUAACUUGAAGAAUGAAAAUGAUUCAGGGAAUCAUAUGACAUUUUCAAAGGAAAGUUUGGCUGUUGGUGCCUUUAAUUUAGGAUCUAAUGUCAGCCUGGCAAAAAUAAAGCAGGACCAGAAGCUGAUUGAAGAAAAUGAAAAACUUAAAGCUGAGAAGGAGAGUCUUCUUGAAAGUUACAAGGCAUUAGAAUUGAAAGUAGAACAAACUUCUCAGAAUCUGCAGAAAGAAAAAGAAGCCACUAUGAAUUUGACCAAAUAUUUAGAAACUAGCCUGAAGACUUAUAUAGGAACGAAAAUGAAAAAUCUGGCCACUAAGGUGGAACUGCUAAAAGAAAUUAGGCAUGUCAACAUCAAUGUUCGCUUUGGGAAUGACCUUUCAGAUGCUAUAAAAAUGUUGGAUGAAGGGUGUGUUACUACUCUAGCUUCUUUGAAUGAAUUAGAGAAAAUUUGGGCAGAAUACAAGCUGGCUCAGGAGGAGAUCCAAACAUGUGAUAAUGUGAAUGAAGGGAAUAUUUUGAUUGCCAAAAGGAAUGAAGUGCAGCAGAAGCUAGACAUGGCAGUACAAAGGUUUAUUCUAGAAGUAGAUGAAUUACCACUUUAUAAACGCUUACAGACCUUGCAGGAUUUAUCAACUUCUUUAGAAGCAGUGUAUGGACAGGCCAAAGAAGGAAUAAACUCUGAAGAAAUACUUAGAAAAUUUUAUGAUUGGAAGUGUGAUAAGAGAGAGGAGUUUACCAGUGUUAAGAGUGAAACAGAGGGAUCUCUGCAGCAUCUUGUAACAUGGUUCCAGAAUAUCCUAAAGGUUUUUGAUCUGUCUUUGGAAGAACCACUGACUUAUGAAGGCACAAUUGGUAAUAUUGAUGAAAUCCUAGAAAAGGCUGAGUCAUGUGUUUGCAAAGAACUAGAGAUAUCUCAGAUUGAGCAAGGUGAUGCAGACAGGGAGAUCAUUUUAAGUACUUAUAGUCAAGUACUGCAGAAGAUCCAUUCAGAGGAAAAGCUCAUUGCUACCAUACAGUCCAAAUACAAAGACAGUGUUGAGUUUAAAAAGCAAAUGACUGAAUAUAUACAUAUGAACCCCAGUGUGGAUCACUUGCUGUCCAUUAAGAAGAAACUGAAAGGCUUAAAAGCUAACCUGAGAUGGAAAUUGGUUGAAAAGAAUAAUUUGGAGGAAUCUGAUGACCCUGAUGGAUCUGAAAUUGGAAAAAUAAAACAAGAAAUAACACAGUUACGUAAUAGUGUCUUUGUGGAAAUUUACCAUGAGAGGGAGGAAUAUGAAAAAUUGAAUAACUUGGCCCAGAAAUGGUUCCCUGAGCUGCCUCUGCUUCACACUGAAAUAGGAUUACGUAAAUACAUGAAUUCUGGAGGUCUUUUUACUAUGAGCUUAGAGAGAGAUCUUUUUGAUGCUGAGCCCAUGAAGGAACUUAGCAGCAAGCGUCCUUUGGUACGCACUGAAGUUAAUGGACAGACAGUUCUUUUAAAGGGAUAUUCUGUGGAUGUAGACACAGAAGCCAGUGUGAUUCAGAGAGCAGCCGCCUAUCACAGAGCCUGGAGAGAAGCUAAAGAAGAGUCUGGGUUAUUGCCAUUAAUAUUCCUGUUUUUGUGUAAGUCUGAUCCUGUGGCUUAUCUCAUGGUCCCAUACUAUCCUAGGGCAAACCUGAGUGUUAUUCAAGCCAAAAUGCCUUUAUCAUCAGAAGAAGCUUUAAAGGUUAUGAAAGGUGUUGCCCAGGGCUUGCAUACAUUGCAUAAGGCCAACAUAAUUCAUGGAUCACUUCAUCAGAACAAUAUAUUUGCUUUAAAUCGUGAACAAGGAAUUGUUGGGGAUUUUGAUUUCACCAAAUCUGUGAGUCAGCGGGCAUCAGUGAACAUGACGGUUGGUGGUUUGACUUUGACAUCACCUGAACUGAAAAUGGGUAAACCUCCUUCUCCAAGUUCAGACUUGUAUGCAUAUGGCUGCCUUUUAUUGUGGCUUUUUGUUCAAGAUCAAGAAUUUGAAAUGGAUGAAGAUGGAAUCCCAAAAGUGGAUCAGUUCCAUUUGGAUGAUAAUGUCAGAUCCCUUCUCUGUAAUUUGAUGCAUUUUAGAAAUUCAGUGACUGCUGAACAAGUUUUGAAUGCUGAAUGUUUCUUGCUACCAGAGGUGAAAUCAAUUCCAAACCCAGAAAAAGAGGUUGAAUAUAGUCAGUGUGAAAAGGAAGAUGAAUUAAAAAUGGAGAACGUGGAUACAUGUAAAGAAAAGACAAGAAAUGGUGAAACCAACACUGAUUAAUGUUAAUACU